AUGGGCCCUUCCCUUACCCUCGACAGCGCCAUGGAAAGGCCUCAGAAACGACCGCGUCUCUCCUUUGCAGCUCAGGAGGACCACGAUGAUGACAAUAUGGACCUACAGGAAGCUCGUGCUCAAAAUGAUUUACGUCUUAAAUCGAUCUUCGAAGGCAUCUUUCAGAAAUAUGAGAAGGACUUUACGGAAGUGGGCGACGAGAUCGAUCUGAAGACCGGCAAGAUAGUCAUCAACAAUGGACAUAUCCAAGGAAUGGAGGGUGAACAUGAUACUGGCGAAAGGGAGGAAGUGGCUUGGCUAUUUGACCCAGAUUGGACCGCGGAGCCAGACGGAGAGGAUCAUGGAGCUACGAUGAGACAGAUUACGGACUACCUGGAGAAUGAAAAUGAGGAUACCGUACCAGGACAUAGCGAGACACAGUCACAGCGUUCACCAAUUCUGAUUUCAUCCGAAUUGCAGCCCGGUCUAGAUGGGGCAUUGCAGGAGACACAAGACGAAGCAAUCAAUGCCGAUUUAGAUGCCGAUGACGACAGGUCUAGUGUGGAUUCCUUGUUGGAUACAGCACUGGAUAUCCAGAACAAUUGGAACGACUCAGUGGAGUACAGAACCAGGAUAGAUACAAAUAAUCCUGCCACAGAAAGAGCAAAUACUGUGGCUAAGGCAUCCGUCCAAUCCCCGAGUGUGCGUGCAGACGGUCUCCCAAAGCGAGUUGAGUCACUAUGGCGCGUUCCUGAUAUUAAGGGGAAUUUCUCUACGCCGACUUUGAAUAGAUCGCAGCCAAGGCUUGCUCUCAACAGCCCCCGACGAUCUGAAUCCCCACCCGGGGCGCGGUCUCUCUGGGCGUUGCCUUGGAAGUCCAGGAGAAGGACAGAGCCUUCGACUAAGAAAAGCACAAAGAAACAUAAAGCCAGCAGCCAACGGGGACGGAAGCCUCAUUCUAGCCCCGUUGUGUACGACUGGUCCUUUGCAGAAACUCCCGAUGGAAACGAAUCCGAUGACCCGUUGCAGGAAGACUGUCGACCAUCGCCGACCCCUAAAGCCCCCAUAACGAUUAGAGGGAAAACGUCGGGACGAAGCGCUCUGUUUCGUACCCAACGUCAAUGUAUCUACUGCAUGCAGGUCUUUUCCCAUAAUGAUUACGUUGCUCAUCUUAAGUCUGUGCUUCAAACCAAUUCCGCUGAUGAUCGACAUGAAAUUACUCUAGUGAGGAGACAACUCGAUGCAAUAACUAACGAAAAGGCCGCAAUACCUCAGACAGACGUCUCAACACAUGUUGAAACCCAUGAUAUACCCUUUUUACAUACAGACACUCCGGAGGUCAGCUCGAAUGGGGAUGCAGCGACGACGCAGGGAUCGACACCUACAGGCAAGCGUAUCCGGACAGUCAUGACGCCAGACGAAGUAAGGACAAUCGUAAUUAUGAGGCAAGUUGAGGGGAAGAAAUGGAAAGAGGUAUCGGACCAUUUCCCACAAAAAAAGCUGGCGCAGCUUAUCCAGUGGAAUCAAUUACACUGGAAUGACCGUCGUGCCAAUCCACCCCAGGCGUCCGGACCUUGGUCCCAAGGUGAGCGAGAGGCGCUAGAAAGUCUCAAAGACCAACGAGGAUUGUCUUGGUCUACAAUUCGGGCUGCAUUGCCUGGCCGUUCACUUGCAGAGUUGGAAUUCGAGCUAUUACGCCUCUGGGUUGGCGACGAUGUUUGGGAGGGGAAGGGAGCACUAGAAUAA